GUUUAUUGCGUAUUCUUCUGUAGAAUUAAAUUAUCAUUAUACAAGGCCAACCUUUUUGGGAAUUUGAAGAGAAUAUCACAAAGCUGUAAAUAAUUAUAUUGUUACCAAACAAGUUAAUUAGGUUUAAAAAUGACUGAAAGCUGAUUGGUUGGGAUUUAGUGACUCUAUGGAUGGAUUGAGGUGGUAUUAAAGCUCCUGGUCAACGAGUCCGCAAAACUUCGUGUCUUCAUGAACUGACUUUACUGAAUUUAGUCACAUAAAUCUAACUGAUACUUCAGCACAGGGUUAUUGGGGUUUCUCACCACUGCCAGAUUAAUCAUGACAACAGCUGCGGUGAAAUUCUGCGAUUAUUUCUGGGUUCCGUUUAAAUCCGACUGUGAGGAGCUGCUGGGCCGCUUCCAGCAAACAGACUCGGUGCGAUAUGAGGAGUUUGCAGCUAUAUGGAGAGACAUGGACUUCUCCAGUGUGUUUUAUGGAAUGACCACACGCCUGGAGAAAAGAACUUUCACUCGCCUUGCCUUUGCCACGGUGUACAGUUACUUCCUGCCCCCGUACAGCUUUCAGAUCAGGGCAGGAGCACUGUACAUGUUCUACGGCCUUUACCAUGCACAGAUUCCCUUGCCUAAGGAAAAGAUUUGGAUUGCUUUAAAGGACUGGGUGCACAUUCAGAAUUUUGUUUCGGAGGCUCUCAGCUGUCAGCACUUGGAUGUUGUGUAUGUCUACAGGAAGCUUGAGUCUGAGAAGGUGUUUUAUUACACUGCCAUGCCCAAGCAGCUCACGUUUGAUGCAAAGCGACGCUUUUUAAACAAAGAUGUCAACGAAGAGUUCCAAGAUCGUUCAGCCAGGGUGGCGGAGCUUCUCAAUGCAGAUACACUUGAUGAAAUCGCAAAUGUUCAGAAUCAUUAUGAAAAGCUUAAGCAGGGUUUGCCUGUGACCUCAUCAAUAAGUGUGACCACAGUCAAUCUGACCAGCAAGCUUCAGGAAUGCAUCCUUGAGUUUCAGCAUUGGCAAGAAAAAAGAAAAGCAGCAAAAAACAAGAAGAACAAAGGCACCACUGUGAAAGAAGAGGAAGGCACUCAAGAUACAGAAUUUGAGUGUUCCAUGAGAGCAGAUCUACUUGCUUCUAUAAAGUCAAAGUCAUACAGCCGUACAACAAAGGCAUCCAGAUCCCGGCGACACAGACAGGUGGAGAUGGACACCUCCGGCUCUGGAACAGACCAUGCGCAUGAGUAUCUGGAAACUCGCAAAAACAGGCCACCUUCUCUUAAGGCCAGGACCUGUAAAAACAUAAUCACAAUCAAAAAAGAUGAAAAUGAUGAUCGAACGCAACACUGGUUGCUGAGCUCGAGGGAAGAAGACAGAAAAGCAUUGAAACGUCCGGUUCAGAGGAACAGAUUCAAAUUGUAAAAAGAGAUGCAGCGUCAGUGUGAAUGUAGAUUUUGUUUUUGUAAUACCGCAAGCAUUUACGGGCAUUUUUGCAUUUCCUACCUUAUAUUAAUUAACUGACCAUGCUCUCUGUGUCAACAAUGCUCAUAAUGCAGCAUUUGUUAUCAUGCUUUAUUUUAAGAAUGAUUUUUGUGUUCUGUCAUGUACACUUUAUAUGUGCUGUGUGGAUUAUUUGUUUGGGGUUUAAAAAUCUUACAUUCUUCCAUGUUUUACAUGAAUCUUAUAAUUUUGAACAUUCAUUUAUAAAUAAUGUUAAUAAAGCAGAUACCUUUAAAAUUG